ACUGCAGUCUUUAGGGAUUGCCUGGAGACCAUACCACCAACAGAAGAGACACUUCCCAGACCCUCGUGUGUUUCAGAGCCGUCGAGUGAGGUGUUCGUGUUCCAACAAUCUGAGAUCCAGAUAUCAGCGGGACACAGGACAGGAGCCGCUGAUCAUGUCUGCCAUGACAGCCCAGUCUUCCCCCUUUAUUCUGGAGAGAGAGAAACACAUUGAGAUGCUCUUUAGAGCUUUCCAAAGGUGGAGACACCCCACAGCUGCCCAGGAGCAAGGCCUCUUCCACGGACAUGCAGCAGCCUCUUCCCAGGCUGCGGGGCCGGGGGGUAGUGGAACUGGGGCAGCAGGCAUGGAGGUGGAGACUGACGAGAGGCCAGAACAGUGGGUCACAGCGGGGGUACCAGCUGGGUUAGCUGUUCUGAGAUCAGUCAGCCACCUGCACAUCACUGCUAUACCGGAGCUUCAAGGACCACAGUGCAUAUCCCGCAGAACAUACACCAUUGCCACAGAAACAAAAGCGCAGCUGUUUGUGGCUGUGGAAGAGAGCUCAUGUGUGUGUGUGCAGUGCUGUGGUCCUGCCCGCUCCUGCUCCCUCCAGGGUUUUGACAGCGACCGGCAGCUUGUCUUCCUCUUUGAAAGACCCCUGAGGGCAGAGACGUGCUGUUUUGGAUGCUGCUUGAUGGAAAUGAGGGUCCACACAGCCCGGGGAGGGCUUAUUGGUACUGUUCACCAGAGGUGGAGUAUGUUCACGCCGUACUUUGAGGUGUGUGACUCUGCGGGCUCCUCCUCCCUGAGGAUACAAGGCUCUUGCUGUCCAAUCCGCUGCCUCCCCGACCAGGAGUUCCAGGUGGUCUCCAUGAUCGGCGAGCGUGUUGGAACGGUCUGGAAGCACUGGCAGGGUUACAGCGAGAACUGCAACAUGGACCACGAGCACUUCGGCCUGGCUGUCCCCCCGAACAUGUGUGUGAACACCAAAGUGCUGCUGCUUGCUGCUACGUUUCUACUGAAUCAUAUGUUCUUUGAAAUGAGCUGAACCAAAGGCAAGUGAACUCUUCAAGAAGAAACGGGCUAUUCUUUUGAGUUUAAAGAUCUGUGGGUAAUUCUUAAUUCUUCCCAGAAUCCUGCAUUAAUAAAACUGUACAAAACUUCUGGCCUGUUGAAACUGCAUCGGAGGAAUCUUAAAGUUGAGUCGAGUGAUAUCACAGGGAAACACUGCAGGAACGUGCAGUAUCCCAGAGAACGUCUUACCUGAGCGAGGGCUUUGUCAUACCAUCAAAUACACAGAAUUCCCAAACCCCCACACGCAUUUGAUCUUUAAAGGCACAAAACAGGAGAUUUUGUUCCCCUUACUCCAGCACACAGAAUCUGAGACGGGAAGCACACGUCACGACCUAAAGCAUCUGCCAUCGUCUGUGGAACACGACAGAGGUUAGAUGAUGUCUUUGGCCCGUGUGAACACCGGUGGUAGCAUUCCUUGUCUUUACGGAUGAUGUAGCAGGAUGAAUUCAGAGGCAAACAGAAACUCAAUAGCUCACAUUUAGCAUCUCAAAACCGGACCAAAGAUGUGAAGACGCCUUUACACUCGUAAACUCCAAAAACGGCAGGCACGAUGACCUUGUGUUUAACAGCCGUUUAUCAAAUGACCUUGGGUUCCCUGAUCUGGGGGAUAACGUGUUGAUAAAGGGAAACACCAGAACUCCAUGCUGCUGGCAUACGUGUGUCCGCUGGAAAUCCACACUUUGCCCAGAGAGGACAGAGAUGCGCUUGAUUUAAAGGUAACAUUCAGAACUUUUAACCUGUGUCAUUAUUUCAUAUUAAGUAAUAUGCAAAUGAUGAUCAUGUUAAUUUUCAUGUGCUGGAGCAUGAACCAAUGACAAAAACAAGUGGGUGUAUGCAGACAUGACCCUGACCAAUCAGUGUCUCUCCAGCAGGGUUAGCAGCUGUGUGUUCAACAUUUAUUGCUUUCAUCAUUCGAUCGCAGUCAGAACAAUACUGCAAGCAGCACCACUCCUAUGCAGGCAGUACGUAAGAGAUGCAAACCGAUAAACCCCAGCCCCUGCAUUUGGGGAGGGAAUGCCCACACUACAUCAGGCUCCUCCCACAGUGGCAUCCCAGAAUGCGGAGCGCUCCUGGGUAACCUAGGCAACAGCAGAGAGCUCUCCCAGCCAGGCACAGCGCGAUAGGCACCCAAGUCGGGUUUUCUGUCCCCUACCCUCCCGGACAAUCAACAUGGAAAAUGGUCAGAAGCAGAUCUCAUUCAGAGCGCCUCAGAUAACCUACAAAUAUAUCCUUUCGUUUCUUAGAGCAAUUCAAAAUUAAAAUGUUUUCCUCUUCUUUGUAACACUAGUUCAAAUACUGCACUAUAGUAAAAUGUAACCCUGUUGUGA